CCGACCAACCAACCAACCCCUUUUAUAUAUACAUAUUUUCCCCUCUCGGUCGGAGGGUGUUCUCUCUCUCUGUCAGUGUGCCGCGCACCACACCACACCGUUACCCGCAGCGAGAGAGAGAGAGAGAGAGCUCUUUUUUGUGUUUGUUUUUUUUUUUUCCAUUCCCCUCGCCCCCGCAUUGGCAGAUGAGGCGAUUAUUUCCACAGUGACGGUACACACGAGUGCGGAAAAAGAAGGACUCGAGGCAAAAAGACAAAAAAACCUAACUAACAAUGUACUUCGGCAACUUGAUGACCGGGGUGUCGUUGCGCAAGUGUUUUUACUUGUCGGCCGUGGUGCUCGUCCUGUCGACCUUCAUGGCAGCCGUGAUAAUCGUCAAACUGUCGCCCCUCGAGUCGGUCAAGUGCCAGCCCCAACCAGUCACCGCGCCCGUCGACUGGAGCACCUUGGCCAACGACAACAACAACCUGCCGACCGACCCUGCUGCUACCUCCACCAGCACGACGACAACCACCUCGGCCACCCUCAUCCGCGCCGUACACGACAACGCCAGGGACAACGAGCGUAGGUACCGGGAGAUGCGGGAAAAGAUGAUACAGACCAAGAUAGCGAGGAUGUCGCGGAAGAUGCGCAACCGGGUGUUGCCGCUCGUCAACUCGAGCACCCCCGUCGAGCCGAAUUACAACGUCCACGUGUUUUACUACGCCUGGUACAGGUCCCUCGAUUACGACGGCGCCUGGGCCCACUGGAACCACCAGAUACUCCCCAAUUGGAAGCGCAACGACAAGCGCGUCUUCCCCGAGGGUGGACACACGCCACCGGCCGACAUUGGCGCCAACUACUACCCCAACUUGGGCUGCUACAGCUCCAUGGAUCCCCGCGUCAUCGACCUCCACAUGAGACAGCUCAGGGAUGCCGGUAUCGGGGUGGCCGUGGUGUCGUGGUCGCCGCCGAGCAGUACCGACAACACCGACUCGGUCAUGCCGGAUCUGCUGGACGCGGCGCACAGGUACCAGUUGAAGGUAGCGCCCCACAUAGAGCCCUACCCCAACCGCAAUCCCAUCAACCUCAUGGAGCACAUAAGGUACCUCCUGAAUCAGUACGGCUCCCACCCGGCUCUCUACAGAAUGAGAAGGGAAAACGACGGUGCCAUCCUGCCGGUGCUGUACAUAUACGAUUCCUACGUGUUCCCGUCGAGCGCCUGGUGGGAGCUGCUGUCCGACCGCGGCAACGUGACUUUCCGCGGCACCGAGCUCGACGCCAUCUACAUCGGCCUCCUGGUCGACUCGCAGCACAAGAACCACAUAAAAAAGUCCCACUUUGACGGGUUUUACACGUACUUUGGCAUCAACGGCUUCAGUUACGGCAGCUCCUGGAAAAACUGGAAGGACCUGAACAAGUUCGCCAACCAGAACGGGCUGCUCUUCGUCCCGAGCUUGGGUCCCGGUUACGUGGACACUCAGGUCCGUCCGUGGAACAACGAGAACACGAGGAACAGGCGCCACGGUCAGUACUACGAGGUGGCGUGGCGCAGCGCCCUCAACAGCGGGGCGACGACGGUGUCGAUAACGUCGUUCAACGAGUGGCACGAGGGCACGCAAAUCGAGCCGGCCAAACCGGUGAGCAACAAGGACUUCACUUAUCUCGACUACGAGCCCGACGGCCCGUACUUUUACCUCAACCUCACCAAGUGGUGGGUCCAACAGUUCACCGCCAAACUCGGCACGCCCGGCUCUGCCCUCAGUUAAUUCGUCCACGGGACGCUUUGUUGUUGACCUUGUUGUUGUUUGUUGGUGGUGUCUUUUUUUUUCCUUUUCUUCCUUUACCCCUCCCCCCCCCCCCCGUUGAAGCGAGUCAGGGGGGUGUUUUUGGCUUUGCGCGUGUAUAGGGCGCUCUGUCAUCCGGCCAAAGUUUUCUACAGCGGCGCUCUAUUGUGGAACGGCCACGUUUUUAUUUUUUUUUUUUUCCAUUCAAACAGGGUUUUUAAACGAAUAAGUGUACGAGAGAAGAGCGACGAACGGUUUAUUACGUGUAUUGUUUGGCUUUGCACUGACAGAAUUUUUUUUAUUCGUUAUCAUUUUCAUAAGCAUAUAUAUAUAUAUAUAUAUAUUUUUGUACGAUUGCGUCUGACUCGUUUUUAAAAUCGAUUGGUAUAUUUCUCAAUUAAGUUGCGCAUACGUGAGGAUAAAACAACCCAAUUGAUGCAGAUGCAUAGUGACGAUGAACAAGUAAUAUAAAUGUGAUAAGCGUUGAGAGGGAGAGAGGCAAAGUUUGAUCGGUUCACCGGGUGGACAUUUUCACGAACGAGUAUAGCAAAAAACUUUUGUAGCAUCGUGUAUUCAAGUACAUCAUGAUGGUAUAGAAAAUAGUUUCGUAUGUAAUUAAACACAAAUUUGAUGAUUAAAAACUUUUUGAGAUUAGUUGUUAAAAAGCGUGUAAUGAUUGCACCGGCAUGAAUUUUAAUACGACUUUACUACUUUACACCGAUUUUAAUGAAUUUUCACGGCACCCACGGAACUUCUUAUACAUACCUAAAUAUAUACAAGUUAUUUUGCACCAAGAUUUACUAUUCCACAACUUUGAGAAAAAAAAAAAAAACAAAAAAAACAACCUUCUUAAUUAUAUCCUAGGCACUAUAAAACUUAUUCUAAACAAAAAAAAAUGGUUACAAUAAUUAUUAACGUACAGUUUUUAUAAGAAAAAAAAAAUUAAAAAAUAAAGUCUUUCGAUUCUUGAAACAAAGCGACUGGAAAAAUAAUUUUCUCAAUCGCCAAUGUACAUCUCACAUGUGAUCACGUAAAGAAAAAAAA